AUGGGAUACCCAUUUCCAUUAGCAGUGGAUCUGCUGGCUGUUGCCGUCAUAGGUUUUGGAGUGUGGAUGAGCACUCACCAUGAUGGCUGUCGAAAGUCUUUCACUCUCCCAGUUCUAGGCCUUGGAGCUAUCAUAUUCAUAGUGUUUAUUGUAACAAAUAAUGGGUCUGGUCACAAUGUUUCUGGUUUGAGGUUGGGGAUUUGA